UAAAAUGGUGCUUUUAUUUUGAAGGCUGUGUGUGGGGGAGCAGUGUGCAGCUGCUGGCUUGACUCUGGACGCUGGAAAACUAUCCAUGCCUUCAGGAAAGUGAAUCUGGUUUAAAGUCUGAAACACCGCCAUGUCACCGCCGUCUCGACGGCUUCAGACGAAGCCAGUGAUUACCUGCCUGAAGACUUUCCUCAUCUCCUACAGCCUCAUAUUCUGGUUCACAGGCGUGAUCCUGCUGGCCGUCGGAGUGUGGGGGAAGGUGAGCCUGGAGGCCUAUUUGUCCCUGGCUUCUGAGGAGAGCACCAAUGCACCAUAUGUCCUCAUCGGGACCGGAGCCACCAUCGUUAUUUUCGGACUGUUCGGCUGUUUCGCUACGUGCCGCGGCAGCCCAUGGAUGCUCAAACUGUAUGCCAUGUUUUUGACCUUGGUGUUCCUGGCUGAGCUUGUGGCUGGCGUGUCAGGCUUUAUCUUCAGACAUGAGAUCAAGGCCAAGUUAGGGAGUGCCUAUAAAAAUGCAGUGAAGAACUACAAUGCCAAUGACACCAGCAGCUCUGCAGUUGACACCAUCCAGAGGACUCUGCAAUGCUGCGGGGUGAAUAAUUACACCGACUGGAGCAGCACGCGUUACUUUCACGAGAACGGCAUCCCUGGCAGCUGCUGUAAAGCCAACAUCAAAUGUUCGCCAGAGACCCUGAAAGACAUCGACAAGGCUGCGAGCGAGGUGUACACCAAGGGCUGCUUCACACAUGUGACUAAUAUGAUGGAGUCCAACCUGGGAAUCAUUGCAGGGAUCUCUUUUGGGAUUGCUUUCUUCCAGCUCAUCGGGAUCUUCCUGUCUUGCUGCUUGUCUCGAUACAUAACCAACAACCAAUAUGAGAUGGUCUAACGGUGACAUACCACAGGUUACUGACGGGCAGCUCCUGAUGCAGAUCGAGUUGGAAGAAUCUCCUGUGAUUUUUAUUAUUGUGUUAGCUGAUAUUAUUUUAGAGAGGGAAAAACACCCACUGCUACUUCUUUUAUUCAGUCCCAUCGAUGACAUACAAGCAGAAGGGAAUCAUGUUCAAAGGGACAUUAUCUGCAGAAUAGUUUGACCAAAAAUAAAAUAAAAAGGGACCUGAACUAAGAACAUUCAUCACUUCUGGAAUUUAAUGUCCACGAAGCGUAGAUGCUCAUUACAUAGAUGUUGUCACUUUCAUUUGAGCUAAUUAACUCUACCAUUUCUCGACAUUUCCGUUUCUUGUGUCUUUGUAUAAUGCAGCUGCCUUAUUUUGUAAUUUUGCUAAAAAUUAGUCUGUAGCUGAGCAGAUGAAAUCUAGAUGAUAAGCUGAUAAAUGUUCUCUGUAACACUAAGUGGAUUUCUGUGCGUGAAAGUCUGAGAGUUGGAGAAGAGGUCACCACCCUGAAAUCAAGUAUGCAUGAUUUAUAGUCAGGACUUUAUUAUGUAGGCCAGUAUUGUUGAAAGCCUGCAAUGAUGUGUGCCAAUUACAGUCGCCCAGCCAACAUCGAUAUCACAGUUUUCAGUGUUAAAUUUCUUUUGUGGAUGCAUAUGAAAUACUUGAAAAAAAAAUAAAGAUGUAAGUAUCUUUAA